AUGUCUACAUCGAGAAGUCCGACUGACCAGGUACAGGCCGAGAAGGAGGCUCAGAAGAUUGUACAGAAAGGCGAGUCUCUCCGCAGAUAUAUCAGAGUCAAGGACGCAAAGGCCGAAGCACAGAAGGAGAUUGAUGAGUACAGGAAAAAGAAGGAAGACGAGUACAAGAAGUUCGAGUCGGAGCAAUCCAGCGGAAAUAAGACGGCGGAAGACGACGCCAACAAGGAUGCCGAGGCCAAGGUGAAGGACAUUCAGGCGGCGGGCAAGAAGUCGGGCGAUAAGGUCGUCGCUGAUCUCAUCAAAGCCGUCACCACGCCACGGCCAGAAGUUCCUGACAAGAUCCAGAAGGAGGGCUGA